AUGGAUCAUUCCCAGUGCCUUGUGACUAUAUACGCUUUGGUGGUUCUGCUGGGUCUCCGGCUAGAGCAGGGUGCCUGCCAGCACUAUCUGCACAUCCGACCGGCUCCCAGCGACAACUUGCCCUUGGUGGAUCUAAUCGAGCACCCGGACCCUAUCUUUGACCCCAAGGAGAAGGAUCUUAACGAGACCUUGCUAAGGAACCUCAUGGGCGGACACUUCGACCCCAACUUUAUGGCUGUUUCCUUGCCCGAGGACCGGCUCGGAGUGGAUGAUCUAGCUGAGCUGGACUUGCUGCUCAGGCAGAGACCCUCGGGAGCGAUGCCCAGCGAAAUCAAAGGGCUGGAGUUCUACGACGGGCUGCAGCCGGGCAAGAAGCACAGGCUGAGCAAGAAGCUGCGCAGGAAGCUGCAGAUGUGGCUUUGGUCCCAGACCUUCUGCCCGGUCCUAUACACGUGGAACGAUCUCGGCAGCCGCUUUUGGCCCCGGUAUGUCAAAGUGGGCAGCUGCUACAGUAAAAGGUCUUGUUCAGUCCCCGAAGGCAUGGUUUGCAAACCUGCCAAGUCCGUGCAUUUAACGAUCCUGAGGUGGCGGUGCCAACGCCGGGGCGGGCAGAGAUGCACAUGGAUACCCAUCCAGUACCCCAUCAUUUCGGAGUGUAAGUGCUCCUGCUAG